AUGGACGACAAACCCGCGAUUCUCUCACGGCGCGAGCUGCCCCGGACAACCCUGAUUUACAUCGUCGUCGGCCUCCUCGUCGGCGUCACCUGCACCGCCGCCGUCGUCGCCUUUCUCGUGGUCAGGCAUCGCAGAGGGCAGACGUACAGCCAGCUGCGGAAAAGAAGGAGCUCUCUUGCGACGACGGCAAACCGGGAAUCCUACAGGAAAAGCGUCAUGUCGACGAUCUCCGAGGUCGAUGACGCACAGCGACAGGCCAUGAUCCGCAAGUCGCUGGCCACUCGGAGCUCCAACAUGGACCUCAACGGGGACGCGGGCUCCAUCUUCACGGCGAUCCACCCCCUGGAUCGUCCCGCUUCACGUAUCAUGUACCGCGCCGUCUCCAACCAGCCGCCGCCGGAGGAGCCGAUUGCGGAAACCCACGAGGAGCCCCAGCCGGCUCAGGAGUCGCUGCCUCCUGCGUCGCGGGACGAGGAGUCUUUGGUUGGUCUCAAGGAGGACUGGAAGGAAUGGGAGGCGAGGCUUCACGAGAACUACUCCCUGUCGCUCGACCAUCAUCCGGCUGUGGCGCCCGAACGCAAGGCUUCUACCGGCUCGAAUGGGUCUGCGGGCGCAUAUCGCCUCGAUGACGGUCGGCCGCCUCGGGUCCAUUCCGGCGGCCUCGCUUCGCCUGAGCUCGACCGACAAUCGGAGCCUCCCGUGUCACGGCCUCAUUCCGUCGUUUCCUUCAAGUCUACAAGGUCGCUGCCCAUGAAUUACGAACUCAAACGAGACCGACGCUCUCGCCAUCAGCUGCAUCAGUCCUGGACUCCUUCAUAA